UGGAAAGCUAGUCACACAUCAGCUCAGUGUUCAGCCCGGGAUUACCCAGUCAACCGAGAAGGAGUUUUAAAGAAUCCACCAACUGUUGAAACAAAUCCCUAGAGACACAAGGCAAGAGACUGAAUCAUCAAAGUUAAGUCUCUCUGAGAAUUAUUGCUAAGAAUGGCUUUAGAGCUAAGAACCAUAUUUCAGUGUGAACCAUCCGAGAAUAAUCUUGGAUCAGAAAAUUCAGAGUUUCGAGAAAGCCAAGGACCUGCUGUUCAGAGAGAAGAAGGGAUUUCUGAGUUCUCAAGAAUGGUGCUCAAUUCAUUUCAAGACAGCAAUAAAUCAUAUGCAAGGCAGGAAUUGCAAAGACUUUAUAGGAUCUUUCACUCAUGGCUGCAACCAGAAAAGCACAGCAAGGAUGAAAUUAUUUCUCUAUUAGUCCUGGAGCAGUUUAUGAUUGGUGGCCACUGCAAUGACAAAACCAGUGUGAAAGAGAAAUGGAAAUCAAGUGGCAAAAACUUGGAGAGAUUCAUGGAAGACCUGACUGAUGACAGCAUAAAUCCACCUGCCUUAGUCCACGUCCACAUGCAGGGACAGGAAGCUCUCUUUUCUGAGGAUAUGCCCUUAAAAGAUGUCAUUGUUCAUCUCACAAAACAAGUGUCUGCCCAAAUCCCAAGAGAAGCAAACAUGGGGACACCCUUCCAGACUUCCCAAGAUACUUCCUUAAAAACAGGACAAGGACGUGAAGAUGAACAAGAUGGCUGCAACAGUUCUUUGAAAACUACUCAAGUAAAUGAAAAUAUUACUAAUCAAGGCAAUCAAAUAGUUUCCCUAAUCAUCAUCCAGGAAGAGAAUGGUCCUAGGCCUGAAGAGGGAGGUGUUUCUUCUGACAACCCAUGCAACUCAAAAAGAGCAGAGCUAGUCACUGCUAGAUCCCAGGAAGGGUCCAUAAACGGAAUCACUUUUCAAGGUGUCCCUAUGGAGAUGGGAGCAGGGUGUAUCUCUCAGCCAGAGCAGUCCUCCCCUGAGUCUGCCCCUACCCACCAGAGCAAUGAGGGAAACUCCACAUGUGAGGUACAUCAGAAAGGAUCCCAUGGAGUCCGAAAAUCAUACAAAUGUGAAGAAUGCCCCAAGGUCUUUAAGUAUCUCUGUCACUUAUUAGCUCACCAGAGGAGACACAGGAAUGAGAGGCCAUUUGUUUGUCCCGAGUGUCAGAAAGGCUUCUUCCAGACAUCAGACCUACGCGUGCAUCAGGUGAUUCACACAGGAAAGAAGCCUUUCACAUGCAGCAUGUGUGAAAAGUCCUUCAGCCACAAAACCAACCUGCGGUCCCAUGAGAGAAUCCACACAGGAGAAAAGCCUUAUACAUGUCCCUAUUGUAAGACAAGCUACCGCCAGUCAUCCACAUACCACCGCCAUAUGAGGACUCAUGAGAAAAUUACCUCACCAAGUGUUCCCUCCACGCCAGAAGCUUCCUAAGCUGCUGGUCUGAUAAUGUGUAUAAA